AUGCCACCGACGAGCAGAUCUCGCGACCCUUGCCGGCUUCUCACUAUCCGAUCGCAUUUCCCUCGUUAUCUGGACGCAUACACUCUUGCUUUCCUUGAACUUUUGAGACACGUCGAAGAGUCUCUUUCACGCCAAAAGAACACUAGUCCGGAUUCCGCUGAGCAAUCGCGUGUCCAUCUUGUGCUCUUUUACCACCCUACCUCACCCCAAUAUCUCACUUGCAACUACCGUCUUCUUCGGGUCCCGCUGAGCAAUCGCGAACCCCUCUGUUCUGAACUACUCUGCACGAAUCUCACAUACUGCCUUUUCCCACUUGUAACCACUAUCGUACUCAUAUCAUCAUCUCUCGUACCGGCUCCACUCGCUCGACUCGGAUUCUUUUUCCAACUGCAAAGCCCAGAUUCAGCAAUUAACUCCGAACUUAUCGAAUUUUCUACCUCAAACACAUCCAACACUGCACUGAACUUGCAAAACAUGUCACUCCAAGAAGCACACACACCUUCAUCCACGACCGGUUCGACAGCCGGGUCACCUCCUCCGUCGCACCCGCCAGCGACUCCACUUUCACCAACGUCCCCCGGCUUUGGUGGCUCAUCUAUUGACGGCGACAACACCAUGAACAAUGGUACAGCAAGCAACAACACCUCUCUUCCAGGCAAACGCAAGGCAAACAGGCGCGCAAAUACCGCUGAGCGUCGGGCAACGCACAAUGCUGUCGAGCGAGCUCGCCGCGAGACGCUCAAUGGACGUUUCCUCGAUCUUGCUGCUCUUUUGCCGAACCUUGCAACAGUCAGACGCCCUUCGAAGUCCGCAAUUGUCAACUCAAGCAUUGCUCUCAUCCAUCAAUCACGCCGCACGCGCCUACUUGCGUCGCGUGAACUUCGUCUUCUCCGUGCUGAAUCGGAUGCCCUGCGCCGUGAACUUAAUGAAUGGCGUGCCCGUGCUGGUCUUCCACGUGUUGAGGAACCGCCCCGCUCGCCUGAAUUUCUCAAUUUGAUCAGUCCUCAAGACAUUGAAGGUGCUGGAGGUCUGGCGGGAUGGGAUGGAGACAGACUGGGCGAGAUGGGCGAGGAAGAGCGCAGAGCGUACGAACUUUCUAUGCAAGACCAGGAGGAGGAUGGUUUCGACGAUGGAGAUGGAGACUAUGUUCGCAUGAAUCCUGCAUUCAAAGGUCCGGCAGCACCAACUGUCCCUUCAGCUCCUAAUCCAGGUCAGAUCAACCAGAUGAGCGCGCUUCAACAGCAGCAGCGCCAGCAACAGCUUAGCUUUGCGCGCGGCAUGAACUUUGACGGCAUGCCAUCACACCCCGCACUCUCCUCUGGUGUCAACACAAUGUAUGAGCCUAAUGGUCUUCCGCACGGAGCAUCUCACGCUUUACCUGUUCACCCGGACUUUGCUAUGCACGCACAGCAGAUGGCCCAGGAAAAAAUGAAUGGAUGGGGUGCGCAGGGUCAAAAUCAGAUCGGCCUCUUCCUCGGGCAGCAAGCUCAGCAGCAAUGGGCGACACAGCAACUCGCCGUGGCGGGUGCGACCAACUUUACGCCGCCAGUGAGUGCAGGCGGAGCCGGUUCGCCGCUUGGCGGAAACCCGUUCUUUGCGCAACAGCAGCAACAGGCACCAUCUCAGCAGCAGAUGUAUACUACCCCGGAGUUGGACGAUGCGAGCUCUGUUGGUAGUGCAGAGGGCAUGGCGCACGGAGGAAGCACGGGAGGUAGCCCUGGUCCGUUUGAUGCACGUGUAAGCGCAGGAGCGGCGUUCGGCCGAAGGCCUAGCUUGUCCCUCAGUCUUCCGACCAACGGGUGGAACGGUCAAGCGCAGACGCAACAAAUCUCCGCAGCUGCCGACGGACCGACGGACGUCGUUACCCGAUAG